AUGAGAAACGCCAUAACAGAAUAUAUGACUAAUCCGGAAAAUAUCUCGAGUAUUCAAUCAAGAUUUUCGAUUAACUCUACUCUACUGCAACAAGAAACAGAACGUUAUCGUCGUCAAACUGAACGUAUGAAUUAUCCAUAUGAACUCUUCAUUCCUGGAGACAUAUUUUCGUAUGAAGAAGGAUUAGUGUUGGUGGAUACCCUGACAUCAGUUCCCGCAUCAAAUUGCAGAUGCCUAGAUUGCUCGCUGAGGCGGCUACCGAUUUUGGCUUAUGAAAUGGCCCGAAUCAUCAGUGAAAUAAAAGGAGUACAAUAUCCGCCCACUUGGGAUUUAAAUCGCCAAGCGGGACCAGAAUGGUCCCAAAAAUUUCAACGAGAGUACGGUCAUGAACUAAACUAUUUACGAUUUCCGUGCCUGAAACCUAUCGAUCUGUUUGAAAUGCACGAUGUUCCAAGUACUUCCAGGGAUCCGUAGGCAUGAUGAAGGAAUGAUCUGUGAAUUUAAAGAUUUUAUUCUUGACGGAUUAAAAGAGAACUGUAAACGAAUCAUCUACCAUUCUCAAAAA